AUGCGGGUGGCCGACACGCUGUCCAGGAUGCCGGUGGACGGUUCGGAGGACGCCCGAGAAGAUGCACAAGAAGAGGAUGAGCCACGUAGCGGCUGUGUGCUUUUCAUGGAGGACAGCGGACCGGCGCUGACAGCGCGGGACACCGCGGCUGGCACGCGCCGGGACCCGGUACUGGCGAGGGUUCUGGCGGCCGUCAGAUCCGGCUGGGAGGCAGUGGUCGACCCCGGGCUUGUCCCGUACAAGACGAAGGAGGAGAAGCUGUCGACGGAGGCCGGCUGCGUCCUGUGGGGCGGCCGCGCGAUCGUGUCGCGAUCACUCCGCUCCCAGGUCAAGACGGAAUUGCACGAGGGUCACAUCGGCUGUGCGCGGAUGAAGCAUCUGGCUAGGCGCUUCGUCUGGUGGCCGGGCCUGGACAUGGAGCUGGAAGCCCUGGCCAGAGGCUGUGCGGCGUGCGCGGCUGAGCGAGCUGAGCCGCCUCACUCAGUCCGUCACCCCUGGGAGCCAGCUGGCGGACCCUGGCAACGGGUGCAUGUGGGCUUCGCCGGACCGAUCUACGGCAGCAGCUACCUGGUGCUGGUGGACAGUUACACCAAGUGGCUGGAGGUGGUGGCAAUGAAGUCGACUGUAGCUGGGCGGACGGUGGCUGUUCUACGGGACGUCUUCGCACGACUGGGCCUGCCGCUGCAGGUGGUAAGCGACAACGGCCCACAGUUCGUCAGCGAGGAGUUCAGCACCUUCUUGGAAGCCAACGGCAUCCGGCACACCAGAGUCGCGCCGUACCAUCCAGCCUCAAACGAGUUGGCGGAGUGA